CUUAUAGCUAACCUCAACAUUCACAAUGGCAGAGAUAACAUUGACGGAAGAAGGAUUAACGCAGAAACAUAAAAAAGAACGAAAGGAACUACAAGCACAAAUACAAAUUUUAAAGAAGUCAAUUUGCAAGGGUGACAAAAAGAAGAAAAAAGAAGUUACAGAAGAAAUUAGUCGUCUAGAAGAAGCCUUGGAUGAAAAGCAAGAAGAAGAAUCUACUAGAUGGAAAGUUGCACAUCUUAAUAUUAAUAACACGGAAGAUGAGAAUAUUGAAAGUUAUAAUGAUGAAGUGAUAAAAAAUGAUAUACAACACGAACAGUUGACACACAGAGUUUCGAAAGCACAAAAAAGGAGAGACAAAAAAGCAAAUGCAGAGAGAGAACGUAAUGAGAGAAUAAUAGAGCAAGAAGCAUUAAAUGUUUUUGGCAAAAGAAAUGUUGAAUUGCAAGCCAUAAAAAAAAUUCUUCAAGAACGUGGUCUAAUGAUGUUUGAUAUUCCAAGUGAUGGUCAUUGUUUGUAUAAUGCUGUUGCACAUCAAUUGAAAGUUAUAGGAGAAACACCAUUGAAUUUUCAUGAACUCAGGACAAAAACUGCUGUACAUUUAAGAGAGAAUAUGAAUGAAUUUUUACCAUUCAUUUCUAAUCCAGAUUCUGAUAAUGUUCUUUCACCUGAACAGUAUGAGAAGUAUUGCAAUGAUGUAGCAGGUACAAGCGCUUGGGGAGGUGCUAUUGAGCUACAAGUUCUUUCGCAUGUAUUGAAAUGUCCAAUAGAAGUUAUUCAAGCAACGAGCGCAUCGUACAUUGUUGGUAACGAGUAUAGCAAUGGGAAAAGAAUGAUAUUAACCUAUCAUCGUCAUAUGUACGAACUAGGUGCCCAUUAUAAUUCCGUUACAAAAUCUGUUAAAGGAGAAGAAAGUUGAUAAGUACUGAUUAAUAUUUCUACUUAAGAAAUUAAAUAUAUAAUUUCUUAAAAGUUUGUAUUAACAUCAAAUGUACGAAUCAUUCAAAGAGCUGCCACAAGUGGUAUCCAGGAAACAUAUCAGUCAUAUCUUAAAUUAAACCUUAAUGUUUCUCUGGUAACUAGCCAUGUACCCAAAAAAAAUUAGUAUUUUGUGUCAAUAGUAAGUUAGACUUAAAAUAUAAAGAUAAUGUGAAUCAGUAGGUCUUCCUUUAAGUUUUUUUUUUUUUCUUUAUAAAUGGUCAUAGUAAAAACUAUAUUAAUUACUUAAAUGUUUGACAAUAUAAAGAAGCUGCCAGUGAAUUGCAAGUACACAUUGUUCAGUGCUUGCGCUUGCUCCGAUGUUCUAAUGUAAAUACCUAUUUAUUUUUAAUUAUGGGUUAUAUAUUUUAUAUUAAAUGUUUAAUUUUACAUGGGAAUCGAGCAAUGAAAUAUUUAAAAAAAAUUUAUUACAGCAGAAAUAUUAAGAUUGUGUGCAUGCGUGAAUAUAUAUAUAGUAAUAAUUUUCUGAUGUGUUUUUAAUAGAUUUAUACUAUUUUAAUGGUAAGUAAUAUGUACAAAUAUAAAAUAAAAAAUAAUAAAAUAUUGAAGUGACUAUUAGUUUGUGGAAGUACAAUUUAUUUAUAUUCAGUAUGUGUCACAGUAUAAGAGUUUGUUUCAUUUAUCCACAUUACUUGCACUGGUGUCAUCUGAUGUUUUAUCAUUGUCAGAUACUUUGUUUUUA